AUGGGGAUGCGCUGGGCUGAAUUUAUUGAGGAUAUGGAUAUGAAGUUGUUUGAUUUUCUUAUUUCUUAUGGUGUGCUGAGAAAUCGACCUUCGAAGUGCGGCUAUGGAAAAAACGGUUGCACGAAGGGAACCUUCCGUCGUGUCUGUGGCUGUGUCGGCGAUUUUUUUUCCUCUCUUGUUUGUGAAUUGGAUUUGAUCUUUAAUUUCCACAAGAAAUUGAGGAAUGUGAUGGCAUUAUGGCAGGCUUAUUAUAUAUUGGACGAAAUUCUAAUUGCUGGUGAACUUCAAGAGUCAAGUAAGAAAACUGUUGCACGUCUAAUAGCCGCACAGGAUUCUCUGGUGGAGGCGGCUAAGGAGCAAGAAAAUUCUAUAAGUAAUAUAAUUGCUCAGGCAACAAAAUGA